UCAGUAUUUGAGCUAUGUUUGUCGCCAUAUGCUGUAACUACACUAGUGGGGUUUUUAUUUCAUUGUAAAUGAGUUCUGUUUAAGUUAUUAAUUCGAUUUCUUUUUAAUAUUACUAUACAUCUAGUUUAACAAUGGUGAAAAGGAAAAACAGAGUUGUGUAUGACUCUAGCAGUGAUGACAGCGAUAGCCCUGAUGUUGAUUCUGGUGAAUCCCCAAGUAGAGCAGAUAAAGAGAACACGGACAGUAAUAAGCAAGAAUCCUCAAAACGUUCUGAUUCGGAUUCAGAAACAUCAGAAAGUGAUGAUGAUUGGACUGUGGAUGGUAAAGGUGGUAAGAAGAAAAAGAAAACGAAAAAAACUGUUCCAUCUAAAAAGUCUCAAGAUGAAUCUUCAGGAAGCGACGAUGAUGCUCAAAGCUCAGAACCCGAAGAAGGUGAAGUUUCCGAUUCAGAUAAUGAGUCUGGAGAAGCUUCAGACAGUGAUGAUGAAUUUAAUGAUGGUUAUGAUGAAAAUCUAAUGGGUGAUGAGGAGGAUAAAGCUCGCCUCAUGCAAAUGACAGAGAAAGAAAGAGAACAGGAAAUUUACAAUCGUGUAGAGAAGCGUGAAGUGCUAAAAACUAGGUUUGAGAUUGAAAAGAAACUCCGCCUUGCUAAGAAAAAACAACAGAAGAUGAAAGCAAAAAAAGAAGAAAUGAAGCAAAAGACAGAUGCUAGUUCCCGGAGUAAAGAGCGACGGCGUACUGUUGAGGAAAAGAAAGAUAAAUUGGAUAAAAAAGCCCAAGCCAUAAAAGAUUUAAGAGAACAGAGAGAGAAAAAACGAAAGCUUGCAGAAUUACAACAACAGAAGUCUGAAGCUGAUGAUCAAAAAGAUGAAGAAGAUAUUGGUUCUGAUGAAAAGGAUUCCGAGCAACCUCAGAAGAAACUGAAAGUAAGUGAUAUUUAUUCAGAUGAUGAUGAUGAUGAUGCCAGUGGUAAUGAGCGAGAUAAUCAAAGUGAAGCUUCCUAUCACUCAAGAAGUGAAGAUGAAGAUGAAAUUCCAAAUAAAAAAUCAGAAUAUGUUGGUACAAAAGAAGAACUUUCAAAAAUUCGGCUAUCUAGGUAUAAGCUAGAAAGAUGGGUUCAUGCACCAUUCUUUACUAAAACUGUAACAGGCUGUUUUGUGAGAAUUGGAAUAGGUUCUAAUGAAGGACGACCAGUUUACAGGGUUGCUGAAAUUGUUGAUGUUGUUGAAACAGCAAAGAUUUAUCAGCUAGGUAAUACCAGAACUAAUAAAGGAUUGAGAUUAAAACAUGGUAUGCAAGAUCGUGUUUUCCGAUUAGAAUUUGUAUCUAAUUCAGAUUUUACUGAUUCAGAAUUUCUUAAAUGGAAAGAAACUCUAAUGCUUGAUGGCAUAUCGUUACCCACUUUAGAUGAUAUAGAUCGUAAGAUUAAAGACAUACAAGUAGCUCUGAAUUAUCAAUAUAAAGAAGAUGAUGUAGAAACAAUUGUUAAAGAAAAAGAACGAUUUAAAAAGAAUCCCCACAACUAUGCAAUGAAAAAAACUCAGCUUCUUAAGAAUAAAGAAAUGGCAGAAAUUAAUGGGGAUGAGGAAGAAAUUCAGAAAUGGCAAGCAGAACUGGAGCGGCUUGAAGAACGUGCUAAAGAAUUAGAUAAGAUGCGAACUAGUACCAUCAGUGGAAUAAGCUAUAUUAAUGUGCGUAAUCGACAAAAAAAUAUCAUAGAAGCUGAAAAGGCCAUCCUUGAAGCAGCAAACGAGAAAGAAACUGGAGAUGACCCAUUUACUAGAAGACGUUGUGCUCCUCAAUUAGUUACUAAGAGUAGAGAGCCAACUGUCUCUACUACAGCUGUGCUUAUGGAAUUGGUAAAGCAAAAAGAAUUAGAGCGCAAGAAAAAAAUUGAAGAAGAAAAAAAGCAAAAAGAACUGGAAAAGCAAAAGGCAAAUACAAACAACUCGUCUGCAGCUAAUCCUCAAGAUGAGGAUUUGUUCAGUGCUCAUGAUUUUGACAUAAAAAUUGAUUUGCAAAUGCCAAACAUUUCUUUAUCAACUCAAGUAUCGCGGUCACAAGCAACUCCACCUAGUGCUCCAAAACGUUCUCUGAACCUUGAAGAAUACAAAAAAAUGAGGGGACUUAUUUGAUAUAUUUUAGUGUAGUAUACUCUGUUAAGAAUCAUGAGUCAUUUUUGUACAGUUUGUAGUUAAAUGAACUUUUAUUACAAAUGCUAGUUAUUCUAAUGAAACAUUUAAUUCGAUUUAAGUAAAAAAUCCUUACUACUGAACUUUAACUCAUUAUUUAAGAUUAGUAUUGUUGUCAUGUUCAAAUUAAAUUAUGCAAAGACUGCUAGAGUUCCUCUGUGAAAAGACAUUGUUUUCUAAUUUAAGGUCAUGAAAAUGCUUACAUUUUCUAGUUUUAUAGGAUAAUUUAUCAUUGGAAUCUUUGAAUAAAAACAUGAUACUCAAAUAUGCAUUGUGAACAGGUAAGGUAAAGGCCAUCAUGAAACAGUGUACAGUGCUGCAAGUUUUCCAUCAUCUCAUGAAAUUUUAUUUUUUUUGUUGAAGAGUUUCUAUUUGCUUGGAAACUGCCCCCCCCCCACUUUUUUUUAUUUCAUGAUCAUGUGCAACUUAAUAUGUAGUAUUUAUAUAUGAAGUGCUGUUAUGACUUUAGAAAAUAUUGCAGAUUAGGAUUGUUUGGGAGUAGCUGGUGCAGUUUAAAAAAAUGGAAAAAAACUAUGCAAGUAAUAAAUGUGCUAGUGAUAUAUAACGGUAAUAGUAUUAAGAAAAAAUACGAUCUAUUUUUCUUUCUAUCUUGACCUAAUCAUGGAAUGUUUGAUGAUGCUAUAAGUAUAUUUAGGUAGUAAGUAUCAAUUACUUAUGUGUUAAAUUUGUGUUUUAACAUGCUUUCAUUUUGUAGAAAUAUCCAUUCUUGUAAUUAUGAAUACAUUUAAGGUUUUAUUAUUGCAUUCAUAUUUAUUCAAUUAAAAUUGGUUUAUAUGCUAUUAAAAAGGUUAGGAAAAUCAUUAUUUACAUUAAGCCUGUAUUAUGUUCAGAUGAUGUUCAUUAAUCUUAAUUUAAUUAUGCCAAGUAUUUUGUCUUGCUAUGUUUUAAAAGAUUAAUAAACAGAUUAUAUGGCUUAAAAA